UACAUAGAUAAGUAUAUAUAGACAGAUAAACUGUGGUUAGCUCACACAGGACCUGUUUAUCAAGAUGACACGACUUCUGCUUAUCCUCUUCGCAGUAGUAGCGGUAAUAGUGGCGGAGCCAUCGCCCGGAUACAUAGCCCAUUCAGCGGUAUAUCCAGGAAUCCACCAUGCUCCUCUAUACCACGCACCAAUCGUCCACCACGCACCUAUAUACCACCACGCGCCGAUAUACCACCACGCCCCAAUUGUGCAUCACUCUCCUAUCAUAGCACAUCCACCCGUCGUUAAAUACAAAGUGAAAUCACAUUACCAUCUCUUUGGAAAAUAAAUUUAUUUUAAAUA